AUGCGCGACUACGAGGAGGUGACCGCCUUCCUGGGGGAGUGGGGCCGCUUCCAGCGCCUCGUCUUCUUCCUGCUCAGCGCCAGCAUCGUCCCCAACGGCUUCAACGGCCUCUCCAUCGUCUUCCUGGCCGGCACCCCCGAGCACCGGUGCGCCGUGCCCCGCGGGGCCAACCUGAGCGGCGAGUGGCGCAACGCCAGCAUCCCGCUGGAGCUGCGGGACGGGCGGGCGGCGCCGAGCCGCUGCCGCCGCUACCGCCUGGCCGCGCUCGCCAACUUCUCGGCGCUGGGGCUGCGGCCCGGCUCCGACGUGGAGCUGGGCUCGCUGGAGCAGGAGCCGUGCCUGGACGGCUGGGAGUACAGCCGCGACGUCUACCGCUCCACCAUCGUCACCGAGUGGAAUCUCGUAUGUGACAACGACUGGAAGGGACCCCUGAGCACCUCCCUCUUCUUUGUGGGCGUCCUGCUUGGAUCUUUCGUAUCAGGACAGCUCUCAGACAAGUUUGGCAGGAAGAAUGUGCUGUUUGCAACUCUGGCAAUGCAGACUGGCUUCAGCUUUGUACAGGUCUUCUCUACCAGCUGGGAGAUGUUUUCAGUCUUCUUUGUGCUGGUCGGCAUGGGACAGAUAUCUAACUACGUGGCAGCAUUUGUUCUCGGCACAGAAAUUCUUGGCAAAUCAAUUCGUGUGCUGUUCUGCACGCUGGGCGUUUGCAUAUUUUAUGCAUUUGGCUACAUGUUGCUGCCACUGUUUGCUUACUUCAUCAGAGACUGGCGGAUGCUGCUGCUGGCGCUUACUCUACCUGGGCUGCUCUGUAUCCCACUGUGGUGGGUCAUUCCGGAAUCUCCACGGUGGCUGAUCUCCCAGGGAAGAUUUCAAGAGGCAGAAGACAUCAUCCGAAAGGCUGCAAAAACUAAUGGCAUUACAGCCCCAGAUGUAAUACUUGACCCUAGCGAGCUGCAAGAUUUGAAUUCCCAGAAGCAACAGACGUACACCAUUUUGGAUCUAAUGAAAACCCGAAAUAUCCUAACUAUCACAAUUAUGUCAGUGAUUCUUUGGAUGAUAAUCUCUGUUGGUUAUUUUGGACUUUCUCUUGACACACCUAACUUGCAUGGAGAUGUCUAUGUGAACUGCUUCCUCUCGGCAGUGAUUGAAGUUCCAGCCUACAUUAUUUCCUGGCUGCUGCUUCGAAAUCUCCCUCGACGGUAUUCAAUGGCUGCUGCGUUAUUCUUGGGAGGCUGUGUUCUUCUCUUCAUUCAGCUGGUGCCUUCACAUAUUCGUGCGCUAUCUAUUCUACUAGUGAUGUUAGGGAAAUUUGGGAUCACAUCUGCCUUUUCAAUGGUUUAUGUUUACACGGCUGAGCUCUACCCAACGGUAGUGAGAAACAUGGGAGUUGGAGCAAGUUCCAUGGCCUCUAGACUGGGCAGCAUCCUCUCGCCUUACUUCGUUUACCUCGGUGCCUAUGAUCGAUUCCUGCCUUACAUCCUGAUGGGGAGCCUGACCGUGCUAUCAGGAAUUCUGACUUUAUUUCUGCCAGAAAGCUAUGGUAUGCCUCUUCCAGACACAAUUGAGCAAAUGCUGUUGGUGAAAGGAUUAGAAUACAGGCCUGCAUCUAGUAGCGCAAGGGAUUCCAAGGAGGAAGAAGAAAAUCCAGAGAUUUUUAAAAGCACAGCUUUUUGAUGGAACUUCUGUGUACUUCCUGGUGGACUGAAAGUUAAAUGGACUUUUCCUCUAAUAUUCGUUCUAGGAAGGGCUAGUGGCAACACUUUUGUUUCCUGUAAUUUUAACCUUAUUUAUUAAUUUAAACACUGUGUUCCGUACAUUCUCUUUUUAUAUGAACAUAAAUACUGUAUAGCCUUCAAUGAGAUUUUUCAGCCACAGUUGUUUUAAUGCAGUAGUACAAUGGAACAGUAUCUGAUCAAUCCUUCGUAACUUUAAGCAUAUAGUUCAGCUGAAAGAUACUUGAAAAUGAGUUCAAGGGCUGGCAAGGGUACCUGAUUCCUCAGUGGACCUUCUCCAGAGGUAAUGCACAUCAAGAAGUAAAGAUUGCCAGAAAAAACUGCUAAUUGGGUUUGAUUCCUUGACUUCUGUCUCUGGACAGGAAACUUAUUUAUUAUAGUGAAGGUUAUGAGAACGUUCUUCUCUGCGGUCUUACUCAAAUUACUUUGCACAUGCUGAAUUUGUUACCAAAUUCAGAAAGAUGCAAAGAAAGAUUUUGAGAAUUAAUCCUAACUUGAUAUGUUUUAACUCAACAUAGACUGAAAGGAUUGUCUUGCACAAAAUAUUUGUAGCACUAAAGUUUUGCUCACAAAAUUCACUUGAUUCCAAUGCUGGUUUUCAACGGCACCUGUAUGGUGAAGUUGUUUAUAUCUGACCCUGGAUGUGGCCUGCUUCCAGGCCGUAUUUAUUUUUAAAGUUGCAGAAGGUUUCAUCUGUAUGUGGAGGGAGCGGUGUUAGUUUGGGGUUCUUCCAUUUCGAUGUGUGUUGGAAGUUUUAUGUCUCAAUUGUUUCAACGUCUUCUGUGCAACUUGGGUGAUGGAAACAAUUCUGCUGUCUUUGUUCUGUGGUUUUCACACACGUCCUCAUACACACGCACACAAUUAAUAUAUUAAGAGCUAAAUUUUUGUGUUAAUCUAUGCCACUGCAUUGACCUCAUGGUGGAAUGUACUGAGAACAAAAUUCAGUAUAUAUUUCUCAAGUGCCAACUGUACGAUUGCUAUGAGGGCUGUUAUUUUACUUAAUUCAUGUAAUCAGUGAAUUGUUUUCAAAUUGUUCUUAAAAAAAACCCCAAAACCUUGUUGACAGUCUGCCAAGAAAUUGUUCCUUGGGUCACAGAAGCACCCUCGGCAUUACCUGUGUUUCUUUGAGUGUACAUAGAGAGUAUAUAUUUAGCCUCAUUUUGUGCUGUUCUGAUCGUGCAUUAUGUUAUACUUUGACAGAUGUGAGUGGUGAAAGAUUUCUCUCUUGUGGCACUUGCUUGUGUGUGUUCUGUCUUGUGGAGACUUAAUAAACAGAACCUCAACCUUUGUA